AUGGCUUUUCAUAAUCUCCAAUUAUCAUUCCCUGUGCUUGUUAUUGUAACCUUGGUUACAUUAGUGAUCCCUAGCAAUGCACAACUCUCUCCACAUUUCUAUGAUAAAGUUUGCCCUCAGGCAUUGCCAGUCAUAAAGUCAGUGGUUCAACAAGCAAUUAACCGUGAGCGACGCAUGGGAGCAUCUCUGUUGCGUUUGCAUUUCCAUGACUGCUUCGUUAAUGGAUGUGAUGGAUCAGUUUUGCUAGAUGACACACGAAACUUCACUGGCGAGAAGACCGCACUUCCAAAUAUUAAUUCAAUCAGAGGUUUUUCAGUGGUUGAUGAAAUCAAAGCAGCAGUUGACAAAGCUUGCAAACGCCCUGUGGUGUCAUGUGCAGACAUCUUGGCCAUAGCAGCUCGUGAUUCUGUAGCCAUUUUGGGGGGUCCAAAGCUUUGGUACCAAGUGUUGUUGGGCAGAAGAGAUGCAAGAACUGCAAGCAAGGCUGCUGCAAACUCCAAUCUUCCUCCUCCAUUUUUCAGCUUCUCGCAACUUGUUUCUAACUUCAAAUCUCAUGGAUUGGAUGUGAAGGACCUUGUGGCCCUCUCUGGUGCCCACACCAUUGGAUUUGCUAGGUGCACUUCCUUCAGGAACAGGAUUUACAAUGAUACCAACAUAGACUCCAAGUUUGCAGCAUCUUUGAAGAAGACAUGUCCUAAAAGUGGAGGGGAUAACAAUUUACAAUCAUUGGAUGCCACUCCUGCUAGAGUUGAUACUACAUACUAUACAGCUUUGCUACAAAAAAAGGGUCUCCUCCAUUCUGAUCAAGAGCUCUUCAAGGGACAUGGCUCAGAAAGUGACAAAUUAGUGCAACUAUAUGGUAGAAGCCCAUUGGCUUUUGCUAGAGACUUCAAAGCUUCCUUGAUCAAGAUGGGUAACAUGAAGCCUCUUACUGGGAAGCAGGGAGAGAUUAGAUGCAAUUGCAGAAGGGUCAAUUAG